CGUUCCAAUUAUUCCUUAUUAAUUCCUUCUAUAUCCAUAAAUAUUUUUUAUAGCACUAGCUUUCAUUUCUUAUAGCACUAGCUUUCAUUUCUUUCAAUCAUAAUCAUUUUCAUCUUUUAUUUAAGUGUUACAUGUUUAUAUUACUCAUUUCGCAUUAGAUUCACAUCUUUGUAGUAACUAUCGCUUGCAUAGUUAAAAGUACCUAGUUGCGCAUCGGCGACCGUCCAAAGGUCAGUCGCUGCGAACAAAAGGCGGACCGGACCGUAUUUCUUGGAAUUUGCAUAGAAACUAUUUUACUAUCGCUUAUUGCGCAUAUUUGUAUUUAUUUCUUUUCAAUUCGCACUGUCGCAAUUUGUUACGUAUUAAUUUAAUUUUAAAUUUAGUUGAUUACUUUCUCUUUCUUGCAAUAAUGGCUGAUGAGUUUAAAUUGAUUAAAAAACGUAGCAGCUUGAAAGCUAAGCUUACUACUUUUACCAAUUAUUUGGACAUAGUUAGCAGUUGCCAAUCAUUGUCGGAACUACAGCGCUUAGAGUUACAAAGCCGAUUUGCUAAAAUUGAUGCCUUAUACGAGGACUUUGAUAAUUUGCAGACAGAAAUUGAGUCAUUAGAUACAUCGGUGGCUAAGGUCGAGGAGGCCUACGUUGCUCGCCAACAGUUUGAGGACUUGUACCAUCCGCUAGUGGCGCGGGCGCGUAGUUUACUGGCCAGCGUUGCGCCUAGCGAACAGAUCUUCGAAUGUGCAGUUUCAGGCGGCGCAGCAUCGAUGCAAGCUUUGGUGAGAGUGGUGAGCAACAGCGGCGAGCGGCACGACGCCCGUGUUCUUUUGGACAACGCAGUGAAAGCUGUUCAUCUGGAGCUGGUUACAGACCUCACGAAAGAAUCAUAUAUGGCAGCUCUAAACCGUUUCGUAUCUCGUAGAGGUAAACCGCGCAAUAUCUUAUCUGACAAUGGUACCAAUUUUGUCGGUACUAGUAAUGAGUUGCAAAGAUUUUUACAUAGUUCAAACGUCGCUUCAGAUAUGGUUCAAGAAGGUAUACAAUUUUCCUUUGCUCCGCCAUACUCGCCUCAUUUCAAUGGUCUGGCUGAAGCAGUUGUUCGUUCUAUGAAACAUCAUCUAAAAAGGUUACUUAAACUUACUCAUCUUACAUAUGAGGAAAUGUCUACAUGUCUCACUCAAAUAGAGGCAAUACUCAAUUCCCGUCCACUUACGCCGCUAUCCUCUGAUCCUUGUGAUUACUCUGCCCUUACUCCUGCUCACCUACUAAUUGGACGACCACUUACAUCUAUUCCGCAUCCACAGGUGGCCGACGUCAACAUCACUAGAUUGGACCGCUAUCACAGAAUAGAACAUAUUAAGCAGCACUUCUGGCGUCGUUUUAAUAUCGAAUAUGUUUCUAUGCUGCAGCAGAAAACAAAGUGGUCCACUUCCUCAGGCAACUUGGUGCUGGGGACUCUGGUCCUUAUUAAGGACAAACUGCUGCCACCACUUCUAUGGUCGCUGGGUCGUGUCGUCCAGGUCUACCCAGGCAGCGACGGUGUCACGAGGGUCGUCGAGGUGAAAACCAAGAACGGGACUAUUCGUCGCGCCUUCAACAACGUGUGCCCACUUCCACUUCAUUGAAGACUACUCUUCAACCCGGGCAGUAUGUCUACGCACUCAACGCACCGCUCCGCGGGCUGCGGGGGCGGUGCUGCGCAUCGGCAACUGCGGCCGGUGGCGGAUACCGGCACUUCUUGUCCGACCGGCAUCGACACUUACCGGCUUACAA